AUGAAUCUUCGGCAAAAGUUUAACCUUGCUUCAAGAAUGAUCAGUCUACUUUCCCUUUGGAUUUCAUAAACUUUUGCUUGAUCUAUCUAAGUUGAUUUUUAUUGAUCAUAUCAAGACAAGAGAAAUAUUUUGUAGGCUUUCUAAUCCUUUCUAGAUCUUAAAACCAGCAAGGAUUUUGGUGCUGAAUGGAAACAAUGAACAUUUUUAAGAACAAAGAACUGUAUGCCCUGGUUGAUGGUCAUCUUUGGAGAGAUCAAAGGAAUAUCUGUCAAAGAUUAUGGGAAUGACUCUCACAAGAUUACAUUAUCAAUUCAAUCUAGGGGCCUUGCUGAUCUUAAUUACUUUAUAUAUACAUUGAGCGUAACAAUGUGAUGACUUUUUCUGAUUUUUCUAGAUAUGUAAUGUUAGUUUCAGUUAUUUGCAAAAGGAAAUGGAGAUUUUAUGGACAUUAUCAUCUUACAUUUGACAGUUGCCACAAUCUGCAGUGGCCUACAGUAACCAUGUGACCUUAACUUGCUGUUUGUACUGCCUUAAGAGGCAUUCUAGGGAGAUUUCCUUGGCAAUUCAAGUUCUUCCUCUAGCACAGGCAAUUUGCAAGUAUUGCCAUGAUGUGUGAGGUAAUGCCUACCAUUAGUGAGGGUGACCCCUUAGGGCCACAACCAGGCUCUGAUUCUGAUGCCAACUUUGAACAGCUGAUGGUGAACAUGCUUGAUGAGAGAGAUAAACUGCUAGAGACUCUUCGGGAAACACGUGAGACACUGUCUGUGUCUCAGGGCCGACUGCAAGAGACUUUGCAUGAACGAGACCAAUUGCAGAGACAGUUAAACUCUGCUCUACCUCAGGAAUUUGCAACAUUGACCAGGGAACUCAAUGCAUGUCGAGAACAGCUGUUGGAAAGGGAAGAGGAAAUCUCUGAGCUGAAAGCAGAACGCAAUAAUACGCGGCUUUUGUUGGAGCACUUGGAGUGCCUGGUCUCAAGGCAUGAACGCUCUUUGAGGAUGACAGUAGUAAAGCGGCAAGCUCAGUCUCCAUCAGGUGUCUCCAGUGAGGUUGAAGUUCUGAAGGCCCUGAAGUCUUUAUUUGAACAUCACAAAGCAUUGGAUGAGAAGGUAAGAGAACGCCUAAGAGCAGCACUGGAACGAGUAGCAACACUAGAAGAACAACUAUCCAGUGCCCACCAGCAAGUAAAUGCUCUUCAGCAAGGAUCUUCCCAAAGGGAAGCACCUGUAGGGGAAGAUGAAAAAAGGACUGAUGGCAAAGAAUCUGGGCAAAAAAUGCUUUGGAAGAGACUCCCUAAUGGCUCCAUACACCCAGAUGAUGGGGCAAGUCAGAUUGUGGAAUUGCAGGAGCUUCUAGAGAAACAAAACUUUGAACUAGCACAAACUAAAGAACGGUUAUCCGGUCUGGCUGCCAGUGUUGCUGAGCUUGAAGAAGAUCUAAGCACAGCCAGGAGGGACCUCAUCAAAUCUGAAGAAAUGAGCAACAAGUACCAGAGAGAUCUACGAGAGGCUUUGGCACAAAAAGAAGACAUGGAGGAGAGGAUAACCACCCUCGAGAAACGCUACCUAGCAGCCCAGAGAGAAGCCACUUCCAUUCAUGACCUUAAUGACAAGUUGGAGAAUGAGCUUGCCAAUAAAGAGUCUCUCCAUCGCCAGUGUGAAGAGAAGGCAAGGCAUCUUCAGGAGCUUCUGGAGCUGGCGGAGCAGAAACUGCAGCAGACAAUAAGGAAAGCGGAGACUCUGCCUGAGGUGGAAGCUGAGCUAGCACAAAGAAUAGCAGCUCUUACCAAGGCUGAGGAAAGGCAUGGCAGUAUCGAAGAACGACUGCGGCAACUGGAAACUCAGUUGGAGGAGAAGAACCAAGAAUUGGGAAGGGCCCGUCAACGGGAGAAAAUGAACGAGGAACAUAACAAGAGGCUCUCUGAUACUGUGGACAGGCUGCUGAGUGAAUCCAAUGAGAGACUUCAGCUUCAUCUUAAAGAAAGAAUGGCAGCCCUUGAAGAAAAGAACACGUUGUUGCAAGAAUUGGAAAAUACUCAAAAACAAAUUGAAGAGCAGCAGCAUGACAAGAGGAGGCUGUCUGAUGAAAUUGACAGGUUGAGGCUAGAAAUCGACCAGUUAAAGGCAAGAAGUGGACCUUUACUUGACAGUGUACAUACCAGGUCCCUUGUUGGAAGUACUCCUGAUCUCAGAUAUCCCCUGAGUACUAUGGUCCAUCCAUCCACGGACCCCUUUGCAACACCUUCUAGUCUUCAUCGGGCACCAAAGAGCCGUUUUGUAGCCCUGCAGGAAGAAUCCUCCAAGGAUUGGGAGCAUGGUCAAACAAGUGGCAUCCUGAGUACUUCAGCUCACGCUUUUGAUAGCGACCCAGAGAUUUCUGAUGUUGAUGAGGAUGACCAAGAGACAGUUUUCAGCUCUAUGGACAUGUUGUCUCCCAGUGGUCAUUCUGAUGCCCAGACCCUUGCCAUGAUGCUGCAGGAACAACUGGAUGCCAUCAAUGAGGAGAUUAGAAUGAUCCAGGAGGAGAAAGAAUCAACUGAGCUGCGGGCUGAACAGUUAGAGAGCCGUGUCACCAGUGGUAGCAUGGAAGCCCUAAAUCUGACACAGUUACGCAAGAGAGCAUCCAUCCCCACAUCUUUAACUGCCCUGUCUCUGGCAAGCUCAUCUCCUCCUGUCAGUGGACGUUCUACUCCAAAACUCACCUCUCGCAGCACAGCUCAGGACCUUGAUCGGAUAUGCAGUAUGACCCUGCCAAGUGAUUUGAGGAAACACCGAAGGAAACUACUUUCACCAGCUGGUCGAGAUGAGAGUCGAGAAGAUAAAACAACCAUCAAAUGUGAGACUUCUCCUCCUUCUUCACCCAGAAGCCUUAGGCUGGAGAAACUUGGACAUCCUGCUUUUAGUCAAGAUGAAGGCAAGAGGUACACAUGUCUGGGAAGUUCUCUAGAGGAUCAAGCAAGUAACCCCAGCAGCAGUAAUAGCAGCCAGGAUUCACUGCAUAAAGGCUCCAAGAGGAAAGGCAUCAAAUCUUCAAUUGGACGCUUGUUUGGAAAGAAAGAAAAAGGGCGCUUAAUCCAACUGAGCAGAGAAGGCGCUACUGGACAAGUUUUGCUAACAGAUUCAGAAAUGAACAUACAGGACUCUCUUGGUCUUGGCAAGCUAGGAGCACAAGCAGAAAAAGAUCGACGACUCAAAAAAAAACAUGAACUUUUGGAAGAUGCUAGAAGAAGGGGUAUUCCCUUUGCUCAGUGGGAUGGACCAACUGUGGUCUCCUGGUUGGAGCUUUGGGUGGGCAUGCCUGCCUGGUAUGUUGCAGCUUGCAGAGCUAAUGUGAAAAGCGGUGCAAUUAUGUCUGCCUUGUCAGAUACAGAGAUCCAGAGGGAAAUUGGAAUUAGUAAUGCCCUUCACAGGUUAAAACUGCGCUUGGCAAUCCAGGAAAUGGUGUCUCUCACAAGCCCUUCUGCUCCACCCACCUCCAGAACAUCAUCUGGAAAUGUCUGGGUUACUCAUGAAGAAAUGGAAACCAUAGCUCCUUCAACCAAAAUGGAUACUGAGGAAGGCAGUUGGGCACAGACUCUGGCUUAUGGGGACAUGAACCAUGAAUGGAUAGGGAAUGAAUGGCUUCCUAGUCUAGGUCUACCACAGUAUCGCAGUUACUUCAUGGAAUGUCUUGUGGAUGCACGAAUGUUGGAUCAUCUGACUAAGAAAGACCUUCGAGUACACUUGAAGAUGGUAGACAGUUUCCAUCGAACAAGUCUCCAGUACGGGAUUAUGUGCCUCAAAAGACUGAACUAUGAUAGAAAGGAACUGGAGAAGAGGCGGGAAGAAAGCCAGCAUGAAAUCAAAGAUGUGUUGGUUUGGACAAAUGAUCAAGUAAUACACUGGAUUCAAUCCAUUGGGCUUAGAGAAUAUGCCAACAACAUCAUUGAAAGUGGAGUCCAUGGUGCACUUAUUGCUCUGGAUGAAAAUUUUGAUUAUAAUAGCCUGGCACUUAUUUUACAAAUUCCCACUCAGAAUACUCAGGCACGACAGGUGAUGGAGAGAGAAUUUAACAAUCUUCUUGCCUUGGGUACUGACAGACGACUUGAUGAUGGUGAAGACAAGACAUUUCGGCGAACUCCUUCUUGGCGAAAACGUUUCCGCCCUCGAGACUUUCAUAGUAUCACCAUGGUUAGUGGAUCAGCAGAAACCCUUCCUGCAGGUUUUCGAGUGACCUCUUUGGUGCCUCUGCCACCUCCUUCAGCACCACCGAAGAAAAUGCCACCAGAAGUUGGUGCACCUGGGUCCCAAAGGUUGGAAACAUCCACAGUCCGGACAUAUUCCUGCUGAAAUGCAAUUUCCAGUGGGAAUUGGCCAAGGCUCCAGCACAUUCCCACUAUCUUUAUGGUUAUACGCUGGCUGCUUUCCGGGAGUAGGAGAUUAUGCCUGCUCCUUUAGCUCCAAAGAACAGAAGCUACUGGUCAAUCCUUUUAGGCCUCAUGGCCAGCAGAACUUUCUUCUUCCUGCUUGUAUACAACCCUUUGAUCUCCUGUUUGGUAUCAUUAAAUCCCAAUCAAAUCUUUUCCCUUGGCUUUAAAGAUACCCUCAUUGAGAAAGAGAACAGGCUUCUCUGUCUCUAAGUCUGCACUAUGUAUGACACCAUGAUUUGACAUAGGUUUGGUAAGAAGUGGGUGCACCUUAAUGCUGGUCUGCAGCAGUUCCUGCACCAUUGUCUGCCUGUGCUACACUCUGCCAUUAUGCCUGAGAGCAGCAGAAGCUGCUUGUUCCUACUGUACAGUUUGGACCUAAUAAGACAAUCACCAAGAAACAAGGCAAAUGAAGAUGGGAAAACCCAGCUCUGAACUCUUCCUCAGGUGCAUUGGGCUUCUGCUGGAGCUUCUCAUCGCACCACAAGACCACGGACAACAUAGGUCCUCAGUUAAGAAAUACCCAGGCUAGAAACAAAAUGGACUGGUGCUUGAUGGAGAGAAGGGAGAGGUUGGUUACCAAGCAAGUUUUGUAUGGGCUUUUCUUAGAUCCCAUGUUCAUGUAUGGAAGAAAAUUAAACCCGAUGAUGGGAAAGCAGAAGAUGUUCUUGGACAUCUCUGUUGGAUCUACCAGGAAUAAUCUAUCUUUUCCACAUAGACAGACAGAAAAAUCCCCUUUCCUUCUCUCUGCAUCUACAGGUAGCCUGUGAUCCCCACAAAAUUUUAGCUGUUACUAUUUCUCUCUCCUAGGGUAGGAUCUGUUUGUCUCUUCAUGAUGCCUUUUGCCUUGUGUGCCCCCCUAUUACUGAUGUGGUAUUUCUUGGUGGCUGGAAUGCCAUAUAUUCAUACAGUGCUGUUUGAAAGUGCAAUAUCCAAGAGACUGUACAGUUGCAAUGUCUUUUUUGGUGUACAACUUGCCUAAUACAGUAUUAAAUAUUUUUUUAAUUUACAAAGUAAGUGAUCCCUUUAUAUGAAUAAUCUC